AUGAACCCUUGUCGACCCAGUGCUAAACAUUGUAUGAACAAUGGUACCUGUCAUGUCUUGGAGAGUGUACAAGGGGUCAAACCGUCUUGCACAUGUCAGCUGGGUUUUCUUGGCACAAUGUGUGAGCAGAGAAACAACAAGAGCAUCUGUUACAAUAAUCCUUGCAAAAAUGGUGGUACUUGUGUCAAUGUUCAUACUUUGCAUCAAUACAAAUGUAUCUGCCGUCCAGGAUACAUGGGUAAUAAUUGUGAAUCCAUUGAUUAUUGUGCCUCUCAGCCUUGCCGGAAUGCUGCUACCUGUAUUUCAAACCUGACAUCAUUCAAAUGCAAUUGUGUUACUGGUUACACAGGACCUACAUGUGCUUUUGAUGUGAAUGAAUGUGACUUGAUUCCAAAUCUCUGUAAGAAUGGAGGAACAUGUCAGAAUAUACCUGGUAGUUAUAUGUGCAAAUGUCUUCAACAAUACACAGGAAAAAACUGCGAAAAAGACUACAUUCCUUGCAAGCCUAGUCCGUGUCUUAAUGGCGGCACAUGUAAUAAAACCAGCAUGUACAAGUUCAUGUGCUUGUGUCCCCGAGCAGGGGGGGGCAGGAUUGUUCUCUCAAUUUUAUCUAUUUCUUUUUUUUCUUUCUUUUUUCUCUUAUUCUCAUUUUCUCUCUUUCUCAGUUUCUUUCUCUUUUUCUCUCUCUCUUUUCAUAAACUUCAUAUCUGA